AUGAGACAAAAAUUCAUAGAACCUGAUUUCUUAAUUCAAAGAAAACUGAGAGGGAGGAGGAGCAGGCCAACAAAGGAGAAUUUAGUGCCAAUUCGACUGGACAUAGAAUUAGAGGAGCAGCGAUACAAAGACGCCUUCACAUGGAAUCCCACCGAUCCAGACUCAGAGGUUACAAUCUUCGCCAAGAGAACUGUCAAAGACUUGAAGCUUCCUCCUCCUUUUAUUAUGCACAUUGUUCAAUCCAUUCAGACGCAAUUAGCCGAGUUUCGAUCCUAUGAAGGUCAAGAUAUGUACACUGGAGACAAGAUUGUACCUAUUAAGCUUGAUCUUCGCGUGAAUAACACUCUUAUAAAGGAUCAGUUCUUGUGGGACAUGAACAACUUUGACAGUGAUCCUGAAGAAUUUGCUAAAACCUUUUGCAACGAUUUGGGUAUUCAAGACCCUGAACUUGGACCUGCAGUUGCCUUUGCUAUUAGGGAACAACUUUAUGAGACUGCAGUUCAAAGUGUAGCUGCAGCAAGAGAAAUCAGAAUAAGUAAAAAGGGACGUCGUGGUGCCGAAUAUAUUCCUGCAAGUAGAGCAGGUGGUACUUCAUUGGAUUUGAUGAAGUUGUUCAACAACAAAUACAGUGUGGUUCGUAAUUGUAGUGCUUCAAAGCAAGGGAACAGUAAAAGAAAGGAGUGGGAUGUGUAUGGCCCUAUCGUUGAUCUCUUAUCAAAUGAGGAAGUAGAUGCCCUUGAAGCACGGGAAGAGAGGAAUGCUUGA